AUGGUCUUCGUCGUCGUCUUCGUCGGCUUCUUCGUCGGCUUCUUCGUCGGCUUCUUCGUCGGCUUCUUCGUCGGCUUCUUCGUCGGCUUCUUCGUCGGCUUCUUCGUCGGCUUCUUCGUCGGCUUCUUCGUCGGCUUCUUCGUCGGCUUCUUCGUCGGCUUCUUCGUCGGCUUGUUCGUCGGCUUCUUCGUCGGCUUCUUCGUCGGCUUCUUCGUUGGCUUCUUCGUCGGCUUCUUCGUCGGCUUCUUCGUCGUCUUCUUCGUCGGCUUCUUCGUCGGCUUCUUCGUCGGCUUCUACGUCGGCUUCUACGUCGGCUUCUUCGUCGGCUUCUUCGUCGGCUUCUUCGUCGGCUUCUUCGUUGGCUUCUUCGUCGGCUUCUUCGUCGGCUUCUUCUUUGGUUUCUUCUUCGGCUUCUUCCUCGGCUGUCAACAAGAAGUAUACGCGAUAGUGCUGCCCAAUCAGUAUCACAGAUUAAAUAGU